UGACCUGGUUUGUGUGGGAGUGGGGACGCUAAAAGAUUUCACCGACGGCGGGGUAUUGUACACCUACACACUUCACUACACAGAUAGUGGGACUUUGUGUGAGCCUUGGGGAUGGACAACUCGUCUAGUAUUUGAUCAGUGAAUAGUACUUGCUGAGCUCACACUUCUCAGGUGAAACGAGAGAAGAGCCCGAACAAAAAUAUGAGUGACAAGAAGUCUCCUAAGAAACAGACCAGGUCAUCCAAGGAAAUAAUCUGCACUGUUGUACUCUUAGAUGGAGAGAAUUUCGAUGUGCCGAUCGAUAAAAAUGCAGUAGGUCAGCGAUUGUUUGACAAAGUUGGAGAUCACAUCGAUCUCCUGGAGCGGGACUACUUCAGCCUGACCUACACAGAUGACCGGGACCCAGCACACAUAAAGUAUUGGUUAAAUCAUGAAAAGAAAAUAUCAAAACAGAAGAAACGAGGUGCUUGGGUGUUUGAAUUUGCAGUGAAGUUUUAUCCACCAGACCCUAGCAUGUUGCAGGAGAGCCUUACAAGAUAUCUAGUUACUCUGCAAGUCAGAAGAGAUAUUUUAAGUGGAAGGUUACCUUGCUCUUUUGUCACCCACGCACUCCUGGGGUCAUACAGUGUCCAGGCAGACCUUGGUGACUACGACGUCAGUGAUCAUGGAGCUGGCAUUGACUACAUCCGCGACAUGCCAUUUGCUCCAUCACAGACAGCAGAACUUCUAGACAGGAUACAUGAACUUCACAAACAACACAAAGGUCAAACGCCGGAUGAGGCUGAAAACCACUUCUUGGAAAACUCCAAGAAAUUAGCUAUGUAUGGUGUUGAUCUUCACAAAGCAACAGAUUCCGAGGGCGUGGCCAUCAUGUUGGGCGUGUGUGCUAGUGGGCUGCUUGUGUACAGAGACAAACUCCGCAUCAACAGAUUUGUCUGGCCCAAAAUAUUAAAGAUUUCAUACAAAAGGAACAAUUUCUACAUAAAAAUACGACCUGGAGAGUUUGAACCUUUCGAGACGACUAUCGGUUUUAAACUUGAUAAUCACAGAUUAGCCAAGAGGUUGUGGAAAACGUGUGUAGAACACCAUGCCUUCUUCAGGUUGCGAGAACCAGAAACACCAACAAACAGCACAGUAUUCCCUCGCCUUGGCUCUAAGUUCCGCUACUCUGGUAGAACACUGUACCAGACACGGCAAACAUCGGCACUUCUAGACAGACAACAGCCUUAUUUCGACCGCUCCAACCAGAAACGUGCCACAUACGCAGAUCAGAGAACACGCAGUGUAGAUGAAUUGGCCAUGCGUCCAAGCUACAGAGAACAAUACAAGAACCAAUAUGGCUACUACCCAGAAGAUGCACCAACGCUGGAGAGGACGAAGCACCCCGAUGACCGUGACCGUGAGUUAGACAGGUCGUUCCCAGAUGAGAGGGACAAACGUGAUAAGAAGGGAUUCGUCAAGACUCCCAUCUCGGAGCUGGGCCUGGCAGGUGUAAAGCCUUAUGAUGAUGAGGAGGGGGGAACAUUGAAGAAGAGACCAGAGGAGUACUCGACCGACACCGCAGACAGGCGAGACAAGGCACCUACAGACCAGGAUGCAACCAUGACGAGAGACCCCGCAUAUGGAGGUAAUGAUGUUAUGGCAGUACAGGCAGGCACACUGGAAGGUCAGUCACCACCCAAAAAGUUAACUAAGGAAGAAGAGAAGGAGAAAAAGAAGAGAGAGAAAGAGGAAGAAAAGAGAAAGAAGGAAGAAAAGAAGAGGUUAGAAAAAGAAGAGAAGGAUCGGAAGAAGAAGAAGGGAAAGGACCAUGAGAAGGUGCCAAUGGCAGAGCUCAACAAGUCAGAGGACAGGAGUGAUAAACUGGGAUUAGAUGAAGCAACAGAGAGAGCAGACCCAAGACAUCAACCUGACAGUUCUGGUCUCGAUAUGGAUGAGAUAAUGUUGGCAGCUAAGGCCGGACAGGAUGGCAAGUCGCCCGACUCCAAGGAUAGGCGAAGGGAAAAGGAUGGUGAGAAGGGCAGUGAAUUAGACCCAGAACGGUAUGGUGGAAGUGUUGGGAUGUACCCAGGGGAUGUUGGUCUGGAUGGGGAGAAGUACCCGCCAGGGAAAGAUGGACGGUAUGGUAGAAGUCCUGGAGAUAACCGAUAUCCUGGUCAAGAUGGAGAUGACCGAUACCCUCCUGGCAAAGAUGGCGAGGGAUAUCCCUAUGGCAAAGAUGGCGAGAGAUAUCCCUAUGGGAAAGAUGGCGAAAGACUGCCAUAUGGGAAAGAUGGCGAAAGACUGCCAUAUGGGAAAGAUGGCGAAAGACUGCCAUAUGGGAAAGAUGGAGAUGACCGAUACCCUCCUGGCAAAGACGGCGAGAGAUAUCCCUAUGGGAAAGAUGGUGAAAGACUGCCAUAUGGGAAAGAUGGAGAACUAUUGCCUUAUGGCAAAGAUGGUGAGAGACUGCCUUAUGGUGAAAAUGGCGAGAGGUAUCCUUACGGAAAAGAUGGUGAGCAAUCUCCAUACGGAAAGGACGGUGAGAGAUCUCCCUAUGGUAAGGAUGGCGAGAGGUAUCCUUACGGAAAAGACGGAGAGAGAUCUCCCUAUGGCAAAGAUGGCGAGAGAAUUCCAUAUGGCAAAGAUGGCGAGAGAAUUCCGUAUGGAAAAGAUGGCGAGAGAAUUCCGUAUGGAAAAGAUGGCGAGAGAUCUCCCUACGGCAAAGACGGCGAGAGGUUUCCCUAUGGUAAGGACGGCGAGAGAUCUCCCUAUGGAAAAGACGGUGAGAGAUCUCCAUACGGUACAGACGGCGAGAGAUCUCCUGACAGUAGUUUCCCAGGUGAUGUUGAACAUGAUCCCAGGAGAUAUGGAGGGCUUGGCGCAUACCCAGGAGAUGCAGACAGAAACCGAGAACGGCUCGGCUCGGAUGAAGGUGGGGAUAAAGAUGGAAAAGAUAAAGACAAGAAGGGUAAAAAGGGGAAAGACAAAGACAAGGACAAGAAGAAAGGAGGGGGCCUGUUUGGGAAGUUCCGCAAAUCUGGCCGAGGUGACAAGGAUGGAAAAGACAGGGACGGAAAAGACAAGGAUGGAAAAGACAAGGAUGGAAAAGACAAGGCCGGGAAAGACAGGGAUGGGAAGUCACGUGAUGGUCGUUACGGUCCCGGCGACGUGCCUGUUGGUGUCGGCUAUGAUGGAAUUGAUCUCGAUGAGAAGGGAAGUCCCUAUGGUCCUGGCAGAGAGGCAGGUGGCCGUGAUGCCCCAGAUAGGGACAGACACCAAAAGAAGGGUAAAUCUGAUAAGAACAAACGGGCUUCUUUUAUGGCCAGUUUGUGUGCAGGGAAAAAUCCAAAGAAGAAGGGAGGAGAUACAGACUCCGUAUCGUCCACUUCGUCUCAUGCGUCUCAGUCUGGCUCUAAACCUGCUGGCAAAACUGAGGAACCAACAGAAUCGGAAAAGGGAACUUUUGGACCUGGGGUGGGCGUCGGCCCUGGAGGUUACGGAGGAGUGGGCGUCGGCCCAGGUGUGGGCAGAGGAGGACCACUUACAGCAGAACUUGGAGAUGAAAGUUUCGUUGAUCGCAAGAUGGAAUUCAUCCCCGUUGAACCCCCACACAAGAUGCGGGUAGAAACAAAUCGUAUAAAAACAGGCCUUGACCUUUCUGACGGGUCACCAAUGCCGUUCUUCAACCCAGCAGCUACCAGCACCACGGGCCGCCCCGGGAAAGUGCCACCACCAGUGCCGCCCAAAGGAAGGGGAGGGUACGGAACAGACGACAGGAACCGGGUCAAGUCCGAUCAUCCACCUACAGUCCUUACUGAGAGCGUUAAGUACGACCCCGAUGUCGAUGACACUCCGGUUUCCACAAAGAAUGUCCCCCUCGUGAAAACCGAGACUCGAACUGUUACUUAUGAAAAAGAAGGGAACUCACUACCCUCUGAGAUGGAGGAUGGUUACCUUGUUAGUUCCCAGUCACAUAGCACCAAGACGCAAACUGUCGAAACAACUACAUACAAGACUGAGAAGGACGGCAUUGUGGAGACGCGAGUGGAGAGAAAGGUUGUCAUUCAGGGAGAUUCCGAUGACUUCGAUCAUGACGAGGCCUUGGCGCAGGCCAUCCUGAGCGUGACGGAGCUGGACCCGGAUAUCUCUGUGGAGAGAAUCGAGUGCAUGAGGCAGAUGGAAGAGGUCAACGGAGACAACAGGAACACGGCAGUGUGAGAGGAAGCGUGUGAUGUCCCAAGUGCUGAAUCUAUACUCUAUCUCCUCCAUUCAUCGGGAACAGAAACGUCAGACAAUAAGCUUGCAUUCAUGCCAUCAUCGCUGAAUUACCAUUCUGUUGUUAAAAAGCUUCAUUUUAUGAUUGGUUAGUUGCGUAUUUUGAUGGUCUAGAUUUUGGAUUCAACCCUGUAGGAAUGAAAUUACCGUAGAUGCAUUUUAGUUACCUUGGAAACUCAGCCUCUUUAUGAAGUUACCAUUCUUAAAGUUAGUUGUUAUUUUAAUUCAUUAUAUAUCUGCUUGCGUAUGUAAUUUCUUUUCUGAUGAGGCUGUUACCAUAGUUUUUGGAGUGUACAUAUGGGAAGUGAAAAAUGCUUGUUUCAUUAUAUUCACUCAUUUCUAUCAUGAAGCUUUUAAUCUAAGUUCAUUGUUUUAUUAAAAUGUUUUGUCAUUCUUUUUAUACCAAUAAUUUCACAAUUGAAUAUUCAUGCAAAUAAUAACAUCUGUAAAUUUAGAAAAUUGUGAAUAAGCUUGAUUAUUUUACCAUACUUGCCAAGUUUGUAGACAAAUUAUGCAUUUUCUUAUGAUCAAUACAGGACCAAAUGUUUGUAUGUACUUUGUGCUGUCAUAUUUUUGGUGUAUUGAAAAAGAUACACACUAAUUAGGAUGUAAUAAUUAGUCAUAUAUUUAUCCCUAUAACAUGUACAGAUGGACGUCCCAUAGUGUGGAAUAUUAAGGUUUGAAACUAACCAAUUUCAUCAAAGUUUAUGUUUGUUACUGCUGAAUGUUACCAUAUGACAAAAAAUAUUUCAAGCUGGCUCCUUAUGUACUCAAAGUAUAUGGAAAGUAUUAGCUAUGGUCUAUCAAUUGUAAAGUAUGUAUUGGUUCUUGAAAGUUCUGGCAUUUUUCAAAUUUAAUGUCUUUGAUAUCACUUUUAAUGGUGUUGAGUGCCUCUACCCCCUUAAAAUUAACACCUUUUGAGAUACAUGUUUCUUUGGAAGUGGAGUGUUUUAAACUUUCUUCUCGUUCAGUUUGGUGCUAGGUUGUUUGAUAGUUAUUUAUGAAAUGAAAACACUGGCAAUGUUGUGGAGACGAUUGCCUCUUCCAUUGUUACGAUUAUUUCAAUCUGAAAAAAACAACAAAAUACAUUAUGAAAUUGUGUGAACAGUUGUAUAUUUGCAGUCAGUGAAAUUGCAAAGUGUUCGAAAUUGGUAUAUUCCUAAACACGAACACGUCAUUGGGAGUAGUUGUGUAAACACACACAGACAGUAAAGACUUGAGCUGUCACUGGCCUGGAGGCAGAACCCAGCCACACAUGUGGACCGUCCAGCUGUCCUAUCUUUGUGAUACUAUUCCUGUCUGUGGACGUCUUGUAUCAUCUUGCACCUGCUGUAUAUCUUGAACGUGCCAGAGCCCCUGCAUCUAAGGUGAUAAAUCUCUGGUAUGGCCAUGUAAUGUUCAUGCCUCGCUGACUUUCAACAUUGCCAUGUCCAAUAUAAUAUAUACGCUUUAAGUAAGGGCAUUUUCUAUAUCAACGCAUAGCUACAAAUAUCAUUUUCAAUACAUGCCCUAUACCAGAACAGCCUGUAAAUACGGAAGUUUUUCAUGAGUUUGGUUUUGGCAGGAAAGAUUUGGCAUUGUGGCAUUAUAUAGGAGCAUGGAAUGGUGGGAGUUUGAGAUGCUGGGAUUUGUUGUUAGCUGGUCACCUGCUCAUACUGAUCAUUGCCUUUAGGAAAAGGCCCCUAUGUUAAACACGCUUUUUAAUAGUCAGCGAUUGAGUCUAGAUGGCAAUGAUACAUAUAAAUCAUGACUUCAGAAUAAAACCUCUGUUUCCAA